AUGAAUAAAGAGCGUGAAAGAUUACAACAAGACAGAAACCAUGAAAAAUACUGGAAGAGAUGGGGUCCUUAUUUAAGUGAAAGAGCUUGGGCAACGGUCAGAGAAGAUUAUUCCCAAAAUGGCGAUGCCUGGUCUGAUUUCCCGUUCGAACAAGCAAAUAAAAGAGUAUUCAGAUGGGGUGAAGAUGGGCUAUUUGGCUGUAGUGAUAACAAACAGUUAAUAUGUUUUAAUGUUGCUAUGUGGAACAAUAAAGAUUCUAUUAUAAAAGAAAGAUUAUUUGGGUGCACUGGUCCUCAAGGUAACCAUGGAGAGGAUGUCAAAGAGCUAUAUUUCUACUUGGAUAAUUUACCAUCUCACUCUUAUAUGAAGUCUAUUUAUAAAUACCCGUUUAGUAAACCGUUCCCUUACGAAAAAGUGGUUGAAGAAAAUUGCAAAAGGGGCUACCAAGACAGAGAAUUUGAAAUUUUUGAUGUUGAUGGGUUGUUCCAAGACAAUGAUGGUGACACGCCUUAUUUCGAUGUUCUUUUCGAAAUGGCCAAGGACGAUGAAAACCCUGAAGAGUUAAAUUUUAGAAUUACUGCCUAUAAUCGUAGUGACAAGUUAAGUGGUGAGCUAUACUUGAUGCCACAAGUUUUAUUUAGGAACACUUGGUCAUGGUGCGAAGAGGGUAAAAAUGCUACCAAAAAAAAACGUCCUCUUAUUUCAAAAAUUGACGAUCAUUGUAUCAAAGUCUGUGAACCAAGCAAAUUUGGUGAAAGAUUUGUUUAUUUUGCGCCAUCUUCGGGUCAAUUUGGCGACACUGAUGAUCCUAAUUACAGCAACUAUGAAAAUUUUGUAGACGACAUCGAACCUACUUUCUUGUUUACCAAUAACGAAUCCAAUUUAAAGAAAUUAUUCGGUGAGAAAGAAACUAAUGCUUCACCUUACACAAAGGAUGCAUUCAAUGAAUAUCUUGUCAAUGGGGACAAAACUGCCUGUAACUUUGAAUCGAUGCAAGGCACCAAGUGUUGUGCUACUUAUCAUUUCCCCAGUAUUCCACCUGGCGACUAUGUUACGGUUCGUUAUAGGUUUACCAACCGUGAUUAUUUGGAAACUAGUAGGGAUACAUGCCCAUUUGAUGAAGAAGAAUUUGAUGAUUUGUUUGAAAAAAAAGAGGAGGAAUCCAAUAUUUUUUAUGAGGGCGUCACUUCAAAAAAUAUUGAUCCAUCUCUAAGGUUGGUACAAAGACAAGCUUUUGCCGGUUUGUUAUGGUCGAAACAAUUCUAUCACUUAAUACAAGAAUACUGGAGCUUAGGUGAUCCCGAAGCUAAAACUAAACCGCCUCCAAACAGAGCUAAUGGCAGAAACACCGAUUGGAAACAUAUGUAUGCGGAAGAUAUUUUAUCCCUACCAGAUAAAUGGGAAUAUCCGUUUUUCGCUUCGUGGGACUCUUCUUUCCAUUGUAUCCCGCUUGCCCUGAUUGAUCCGGAAUUUGCCAAAAAGCAGUUAGAUGUCUUAACAAGAGAAUGGUACAUGCAUCCGAAUGGUCAAAUACCUGCUUAUGAAUGGAAUUUUAGCGACGUCAACCCACCAGUACAUGCUUGGGCGGCAUAUAGGGUAUUCAAAAUCGAGAGAAAUAUGUAUGGCACCCCAGACCGGGUUUUUUUAGAAAGGGUGUUUCAAAAAUUGUUGUUAAAUUUCACUUGGUGGGUUAACAGGAAAGAUGCAUUUGGGAAAAAUGUUUUUGAGGGCGGGUUUUUAGGACUAGACAACAUUGGGGUUUUCAAUAGAAGCGAACCUUUACCAACAGGCGGUACUUUAGAACAGGCUGAUUCCACUGGUUGGAUGGCCUUUUUUUCACUACAAAUGUUGAAUAUUGCGCUUGAGUUGGCCAUGGAAAAUCCUGUUUAUGAAGAUAUUGCUUCUAAGUUUUUUGAACAUUUUGUUUUUAUUAGCGACGCUUUAUCCUGGGAGUACAUGGAUGAUAGAGGAAAUGUCAAAGUUGGAAGUCUUUGGAAUGAAAAAGACCAAUUUUUUUAUGAUGCUAUUUCGUACGGCGAUAAUGUUAAGCAACAAUUGACUGUUAGAUCAUUAGUUGGUUUAAUCCCACUUUAUGCUUGCUUGACUUUGGAACCUCAAAUAUUGGAUAGAUUUCCCAAUUUUAAAAAAAGAUUGGAAUGGUUUGUUGACAACAAGGGCCCCAUGUUUGAAAGAAAUACAGCUAGCGUGACCAGAAGAGGUGUGGGCGAGAGGUUAUUGUUAAGUUUGGUGUCCAAGGAAAAAUUAGAGGCAAUUUUAAAAAGGAUGCUUGAUCCCAACGAAUUUUUUUCGCCUUAUGGCAUUAGAUCUUUAUCCAAAUAUCACAAAGACCAUCCUUAUUCUAUCAACGCUGGGGGAACCAUGUAUACCAUAUCCUAUUUACCUGGAGAAAGUGAUUCGGGUAUGUUUGGUGGAAAUUCUAAUUGGAGAGGUCCCAUUUGGUUUCCAACAAAUUUCUUGAUUGUGGAAAGUCUACAAAGAUUUUUCCUUUAUUAUGGUUCUGAUUUUAAAGUCGAGUGCCCUACAGGCAGUGGCCAGUAUUUAAAUUUGGUGCAGGUAGCACAAGAGAUCGAGCACAGAUUGAUGAAACUUUUUUUAUACGAUGGUAAUGGGGUUAGGGUUUGUUAUGAAGACCAAGAGCAUGGUGCCUUUUUAAGCAAUGAUUUAUUUUUCCAAGAGUGUAUCCCAUUUUUUGAAUAUUUUGAUGGGGAUACUGGACGUGGACUAGGCGCUUCUCACCAAUGCGGCUGGACUGCUUUGGUGGCUAAAUUUAUUCAUGAUAAUGGUUCAUCCUGUGUCGUUUUAGAUAGUGCAACUUUGUCACCCACCAGCACUAAUACUAGUAGUAAGAGUGAAUACAAUGUCCAUUUUCAUAAGAGAACAGCUUUCAGAAGACGUUCAUCUAAAAGCUUGGUUAGCCUUGCAGUAUCCCAAUUAGAUUUAAGUGUAGAAGAAGGGAAAAUACAUAAAAACUUGAGUUAUAAGAGUUCCAAAGAAAUUCACACUAAAUCUUCCGAUUAA